AUGUUGCCUAUAAGACGCCUUGCUGCGUUUCCAAAACCACAUACGCGUCUCUCGUACGCGUGGAUUCACAAUUCUGCCCCGCGUAUGCUUUUCAACAAGCAGCCUACUCCACAAACGCCAGCUCCAGAGAACAAGAAGCAAAUCGAUCAUCAAGCCUUUGAUAAACACCCCAUUUUGAGCAAAGUUCCCCGAUUCUUGAGACCUUGGACCACACAGUUCAUACACGCUCCAGUCUCUCAUGUUACUGCUUUUCUUGUGCUCCAUGAACUCACUGCUAUAGUGCCUUUGGUGGGUAUAUGGUACAUGCUUCAUUCGUACCACGACUUGCUCAUGGUAUCCUCAUUGGACUUGCCAUCUUGGGCCAUUGAGAAGGGAACCAAAAUUAUAGAUCUGGCAAUGGAGUCAUUUGAUUGGGGAAACUACUCGUUGAAUGAGAAGGUUCAAAUCAUCAUGGAAGGUGCCUACGCUUAUGUUAUAGUGAAGGCGCUUUUCCCAGUAAGACUAGCAUUCAGUUUAUUGGGAAUGCCGUGGUUUGCAAAAUGGUUUGUUUUGCCCAUUACCAGAUUGUUCUCUAGAAAACGCAAAACUCCCACUCCUCCAGUGGAGGCACCCAAGGCACCAACUCAGCACAAGGUGAAAAAGAUAGAGAAACCAAGACUAUAA